AUGCUGUCCAACUUUCCGCUCCCGGCAUCUAGUCGCUCUUUCUCUGCUAUGAACUCGUCUUCCCCCAAUGCUGCUGCCUCAGAUCCUUUCGCCACUCUCCCCAAAAUACCUGCGCUAGAUAACACCUUCGGUGCGCUGCUCAUCGGGUGCUUCGUCGGUUUCAUACAGUAUGGCUGGACCGCAAAUCAGUGCUAUACCUACUUCCGCAUGUACCCUGGAGAUAGGUUGAUCCUAAAAGGUCUAGUGGCUACAGUGCUCGUCCUGGAGACGUUCCACACCGUAUUAUGCAUGCACAUAAUUUACUAUUACCUCACGACAAACUACUUCAAUCCCAUCGCAUUACAGGAAGGCGUCUGGUCAAACAAGCUUCUUGGAGUUAUUACGGGCGCGGUCAUAUUAGCUUCGCAGAGCUUUUUCUUGCGGCGUGUGUGGAAGAUUGGACGUCAGUUUAGGCCCUUGGUGGCCGUGGCGGCGAUUCUCCUCUUAGGAGAGUUCGGCUUCGCGACCGCUGUUACAGUUGAUACAUUUAUCCAUCCAACGCUGCACAACUCAAGUCAGGCGUGGAUGAACUCUGCGGGCGUCGGCAUGGCAGUUCUCGCGGACACGCUCCUCACCGCUGCGCUGAUCUUCAGCUUGCAUAGUAGCCGAACGGGUGUCAGACGGACGGACUCCAUCAUAGACCUGCUGAUCAUGUAUGCCAUCAACACCGGACUUGUCACAGGCAUCAUGAAUCUGCUUUCGCUCAUUUUUGCACUCGCAAUGCCGAAUAACCUCAUCUAUGCGGGCAUUGUCAUCGUCGCCACGAAAUUAUACGCCAAUUCCAUGAUGGCUGUGCUGAAUUCGCGUCGCGCACUGGCAGCACAAGGAACCGUCGUCCACACAGCCUCCUACGACAUAUCCGCCAUGCAACGCCAAUGGCGCGCUGCCGGGUCGCGAUUAGAGCGCUGGACAGGUCCUACCUUCAGUCAUACCCCUUCCUCUCCGACCGCCAUCGACAUCAAGGUGACACAGGAGACGUUGCGGUCGGACCCUAUGGGGAGCCUGGAUGGGUUCGACGCAGAGCAUAAAGUGAAUGCAGGAGAGGCUGUCUGAGAUCCGAGUUGAGACGAGAAGGAUGCCCACGCUCGUUUGUAUCACUGUAAACCAUAAGUUGUAGAAUCAGUUGUACGAGCUCCUCGAAACU